AUGCCGCGUUCGCCACCACCUCGUCGAGAUGACUCUCGGGACAGGAGUCAUCAUCGGCAGCAAAAUGAUAACCGCCAAGGACGGGAACACCGCAAAGAUGAGAGGAAACGAAAUUCUCGGAGCCGCGAUCGAACUCGCAGAAGACCAUCGAGCUCGGAUGGACAGAGGCAACGAAAAUAUAAUGAUCGUAGAUCGCGGUCGCCUCAGACGCGGCGCUCACCAGAGAGACUGGCACGUGCGAGAGGCUCUCUGCCAUCCCAAGCCGACGCAUUCCAUACUACCAAAGACGGUGCGCCCACUCCAACAAUUGAAAAGCAGAAGCCAAACUUUCGGCCAUCUGGGCUUUUGGCUGCAGCCUCAAACACAAUUUCAACAUCCGCCGGUGCAAUUGUUUUGAAAUACCAUGAACCACCAGAGGCUCGAAAACCGCCUUCUAACCAACCUUGGCGCCUCUACAUCUUCAAAGGCGAAUCGAUUGUCGACACGCUGGAUUUGUACACCCAAUCUUGCUGGCUCUUCGGAAGGGAAACUUCUGUCUGCGACUUCGCACUUGAACAUCCCAGCUGCUCCAAACAGCAUGCCGUUAUUCAAUUCCGUUAUGUGGAAAGGAGGAAUGAGUUUGGCGAUAAGAUUGGGAAAGUGAAGCCAUAUGUGAUCGAUCUGGAGAGCGCUAAUGGCACGACGGUCAACGAUGAAGCUGUGCCACAGGGAAGGUUCGUCGAGUUGCGGGACAAAGAUAUUAUCAAGUUCGGCCAUUCAACCAGAGAAUAUGUCAUGCAGAUGCCUUCCGGAUGA